AUGUCGGGUAAGCGGAUAGCAACAUAUUUCUUCUGUGGAACUACCUUUUGCACAAUCUUGUCUAUAGUGAUCGUUGGCUAUAUUUUUCAUGACAUCAACCAUUUCUACGAAGACGCACUGUUGGAGAUGAGCGAAUUCCAGUACUACGUCAAUGACGCUUGGCAGGAGAUACAGCUUUCGGCAGUGAAAUAUGACAAAGGAGAGCUUCGUGCAUUGUUCCAUCGUCAAAAGAGACAGCCUUAUGAGAGUUCAAUAUGCAACUGCGCAGAGAGAGCCAGUAGCUGCCCUGCAGGACCACAAGGUCCUCCUGGAAUGGUGGGAAAGCCAGGCGAAGAUGGGCCUCGUGGAGUGGAUGGCAGACCAGGCACGCCUGGCAUAUCUGUUUCUCAAGAUUCAGCAGGAGGCUGCGUACAAUGCCCGGCUGGACCUCCAGGGUUGCCAGGUCCCGAUGGACCUAUAGGGCCACCUGGCCCUGAUGGUAUUCCGGGAGCAUCAAGCGGACCAUACAGAAUCGCUGGACUACCUGGUCCACCUGGUCCUGUCGGAGAUCAAGGGAUUCCUGGGAUGCCAGGAGUACCAGGUGCCCCUGGAAUACGCGGACAAGACGGCGUGAAAGGUCGCGGACAUCCAGGUCCACCUGGGCUUCCAGGAUACCCUGGAGCUGAAGGGAAUCCAGGAGUGAACGGUGCGAAUGGAGACGAAGGACCGAUUGGACUACCAGGACCACCGGGACCAGCGGGACGACAAGGACAAGCAGGUCUCAAUGGCGCUCCAGGUGCACCUGGUGAACCCGGCAUUACGGGCAUGGACGGGGAGUACUGCCCUUGUCCAACUCGAUCCUCCCGUGUUGAAGCCCCCAACAGCGUUAAUGAAUACCAAGACCAGCAAGAAAUUUUAGAGGACAACUCUGCAGAUAUUCCGCCGAAAGCCCUGCAUGAAGGAUCAGUUGGAUACUUGCUGAAAGCGAAGACACUGAAAGCGAAAAAAGUGCGACGACAGUCCAGAACUACAUAG